AACACACAAGAAUUCCUCCUCUAUCUCCCAAACUCUUUUGUCUCUCACUUAUCUGAUCCCACUUUGCCUUUAAAAUGUGCUCUCAGGGAAGAGGCAGUGCAGCUUCAGCAGCAGUAGCAGUGACUGUGCUCACACUGCUCUACCUCCUUGCCUGCACCGAGCAGGCUGAAGCCGCUAGUUAUACGGUCGGGGACUCUUCGGGCUGGACCUUCAAUGUCGCCACAUGGCCUAAAGGAAAAGGCUUCAAGGCCGGUGAUGUUCUCGUUUUCAACUACAGCCCUGGAGCUCACAAUGUGGUGGCGGUGAACCGUGGAGGCUACCAGAGUUGCAACGCUCCCCCGAGACCGAAGGUCUUUCAGUCCGGGAAAGAUCAGGUGAAGCUGGUGAAGGGGCAGAACUACUUCAUCUGCAGCAUUCCCGGACACUGUCAGGGAGGAAUGAAGAUUGCCGUUACUGCAGCAUAAAAGAAAAUUAUUACUGAUAGAAAUAAGUCUCGAUAGCCACUCUAUAUGUGAGAAGUUUUCGAUCUCUUAUGGGCACGGUUGUCUUAAUUUGGGUUUUUUGCACUCUGAUGUUACGGAAAAAUAACAUAAUGGCAUAGCUGCCAUCAUUGCUGCUUCAGUUCUGCAGCUCUACUCAGCAAAGGUUAUCAAAUCUUGUUUUCUUGUCGACAA